AUGGCUCCUCAAAAGCACCUUCAAGGCCGGUCCUUCAAGGUCGAGCGCGUCAAGCGCAGUGACUAUGUUGCCCAUGGUCCUACGGCGCUGCGUAAGGCAUACCGCAAGUUCGGAAUUGAUGUCUCGAACCUCAAGGGUGUUGACGUGAGCGACUUCGAGCCUUUCGACACUAAGCAUACCACCCCGACCAAAAGCGCAAAGGGAGAUGUGGUGGAUGAUGGGAAAACUGGCGCUGUGGAUGCCACUUCAGUUGAUGGAGACGUCGAGUUCGUUUCGCCGGUCAAUAUCGGCGGCCAGACCCUCGAUAUGAAUUUUGAUAGUGGUUCUGCUGAUAUGUGGGUGCUGAGCUCGAAACUCCCCAAGUCCGUGCAAAAUGGCCGAACAGUGUAUGAGCCGAGCAAAUCCGCCACAUUCAAAGAAGUCCAAAAUAGCAGUUUCGAGAUCUCAUACGGCGAUGGGUCGUAUGCCAACGGGGGAGUAGGCAAGGACGAUGUUUCAAUUGGCGGCGUUAAAGUCACUGGGCAACCAUUCGGCCUCCCAACAGUGGUCUCGCAAACAUUUGCCGAGGACAAAAAAUCCAACGGACUUGUCGGUCUUGGUUUCUCCUCAAUUAACACCAUCACACCCGAGCCACAGAAAACCUUCUUCGAGAACGUCGCCCCCAGUCUCGACGAGCCGGUCUUCACUGCCAGACUGCUCAGCAAUGGCGUCGGUGAAUAUGAAUUUGGAACCGUUGAUAAAAGCAAAUAUAGCGGCACCAUGGUCAAUGUCAGCGUAGAUGCAUCCAACGGAUUUUGGCAGUUCAACUCAGCACAAUUCGCCGUAGGAGGAGGCUCUUUCCAACCGAUCACUAAGACAACCCAGGCGAUUGCAGACACAGGCACCUCGCUCAUGAUGGUCAGUCCUGAUGUGGCUGAGGCGUACUAUGACCAGGUUGAAGGCGCCAUUUUUGCAAACAAUGCCAAUGGGUAUAUCUUCCCCUGUACUUCGGACUUGCCCACUCUGUCUGUCGCAAUCGGGACUGCUUAUUCGGCUACCAUCCCUGGAUCUUUGAUGAAUUGGUCGCAGGUUGGUAUCAAUACAACUACCGGCGAAACAGUAUGCUAUGGCGGACUUCAGUCAAGCGGAGAAUCAGCCAUGGCCAUCUACGGCGAUGUGUUCUUGAAGGCUCUGUUUGUGGUCUUCGAUUCACGCGGGCCUUCUCUGGGAUUCGCGUCGCCUGCUUGA